UUUUUACUCUUUAAAACAUUAUUAUACUCUUAAAAUGAUGAUUGAUAUAACAAUUAUGGCCAAUAAACGAAUAUGGUUGAAAUGUUUGAUGGUGAUCAUCUUCUUCAUGACAAUUGUUGCAAAUAUUGUAUUGGCUAAUGAUAAAUCAUUCAUAGUGCGUGGUAAUAAUGUAACCGAAUGGGAUUCUGUUCGAUAUCCAUACAAAUCUCUUUAUGGUAUAUCCAAAAGAUUAAAAUGUGAUGGAUCAAUUCAUCAACAAUUUAAUGAAUGUGAACGAACAGCACAUCAUACGUGGCAAGUGACCAUUGAUGAUUAUUUUUAUCAAUCAAAAAAGUUUUGCUGUUUCAUCUGGCAAACACUUGAUUGUGAGAGAGAUGUUGCUGCAAAAUGUAGUGUUGAUUAUGCAAAGAAACUUGAAGCUAACGCUGAACAAUCAUACAAAUCAAUGUGCGAUGGAGUUGGUUCAGCUCGUGAUUCAUGGACAUGUUGGUUUACAGGUGAAAGAACGGAUACGAUUCUUUGGAUUAUCGGAAUUGUACUUCUUAUCUUAGCGACCAUCUGUGCAUGCUUGGGAAUUAGACUUUACAAUAGUAAUAAAACAAAACCUGGAUUGGAAAAAAUUGGAAAUCCAGAAAAUUAUAAAGAGGAUGUUCGUUUAUAUUUGGAAACAUUUGAGGCCAGAAAUCCUAAAUUUUCUGCCAUAUUGAAAGCAACAACUGCGAAGCAACCAGAUGCCACUAAACUAACUCGUCCUAAAAGUUUCCAUCAUAUGGAAAGACCAACGCCUGAAGGAGUUGCAGCUGGAAUGGUGAGAAGAAAGGAAAUUCUCGAUCGUCCACCCACUUUACAACGUACUACCUCUGUAAAGCAUCCAGAUGUAUCAAUAAAACCAGUUCGUCCUAAAAGUUUUCAUCAUUCGGAAAGACCAACGCCUGAAAUCGUUGCCGCUGGAAUGAGAAAACAAGAUAUCCUCGAUCGUCCACCCACUUUACAACGUACUACAUCUGUGCAGCAACCAGACACAUCAAUAAAACCAAUUCGUCCUAAAAGUUUUCAUCAUACUGAAAGACCAACGCCUGACGGCGUUGCCGCUGGAAUGAAAAGACAGGAAAUCUUCGAUCGUCCACCCACUUUACAACGUACCACAUCUCUACAACAGCCAGAUGCUUCGAUAAAACCUUUGACACCAACUAAAAGUUUUCAUCAUACUGAAAGACCAACACCUGACGGCGUUGCAGCUGGAGUAAUGAGAAGACAGGAAAUCUUCGAUCGUCCAGCUACUUUACAACGUACUACAUCUCUACAACACCCAGAUGUAUCGAUAAAACCAUUGAGUUCAAGUAAAAGUUUUCAUCAUCUUGAAAAUCCAACGGCUGGCACCGUUGUCCCUGAACUAAAUGCAACGAAUCGACCACCAACUCCAGUAAUGCCAACAACCGAAGGUGUAACAACAACCGUAACUCCCACGGCACCGCCAUCAACAUCGCCACUUACUGCAGAUAUCACAUCGGCAAUGACUAAUGUAGAUGAAAUACAGAGAUUGGUGCAACAAUUGGAUCAUCUGAAAAAAAAAUGACCAUGCUGCUGAUGAUGAGCAACAAUUGAAAUUAUUUUUGAU